AUGAGCGCAUCCAAGCUUCUAAGUCGGUUCCAGUGGGUCACGUCACCCCUCAUCAUCAGCGCGCCCAUGGCCGGGGCUGCGACCCCGCGCCUUGCGACUGAAGUGAGCAAGGCCGGUGGCUUAGGUUUUAUUGGGGCAAUCGCGGACCUCGGAACCGAGUCUCCCCAGCUCUCGGCGCUCGAUGCUGAGCUGAGCGAGGCUCGUGGCCUACUUGGCGAUGACCUACCGGCAAGCAGUCCAAUUCAAGUCGGUGCGGCCUUCAUUACCAGCGAUGCCUCCAUGACUGCUUUUGCCGAUACGGCGCUGCCCGUUCUUGCAAAGCACCGUCCUGCAGCGGUAUGGCUGUUCGCACCUGAUGGUGACUUGAAGCCUCAUCCGGCAAUUAUCAAGGGACUCAAGGGUCUCGACCCACCUCCUGUCGUAUUUGUCCAGGUGGGAAACGUUGCGGCGGCGAGAGAGGCCGUGAAGGAUGGCGCAGAUGUACUUGUGGCUCAGGGAGUCGAUGCUGGCGGCCACCAGUUCCGUCAAGGAACGGGAAUCGUCACACUGGUCCCAGAAGUGAGGAGCAUGCUUGAUGAAGAGUUUCAGGGAAAGGAUAUAGGGCUCGUAGCUGCGGGAGGUAUUGCUGACGGGAGGGGUGUGGUUGCGGCCUUGGCCUUGGGUGUGUACCUGAGUCGCGCGGAUGCAGCGGUGAUGGGGACAAAGUUUACCGUUGCCCCUGAGUCGAAGUACCCUGACUUCCGAAAGGAAACUAUUCUUAAAGCCGUCGAUGGCGGAGUGUCGACGUUGAAGUCACCAUUCAAUGACCAAAUCACCAAAAGCACCCUUUGGGGUCCCCUCUACGACGGCCGAGCCAUCAUCGGGUCUAUCCAUGAGAAGUUUCUCGCGGGAGCAUCGCUUGAAGAGUGCCAGAAGAGUUUGAAGGAGGACUACUCCGAAGAAGAAGCCGACCGCAUUACUCGUACUUGGGCGGGAGCCGGUGUUGGACUUGUGAAGAAGGCACAGCCUGCUGGGGAUAUUGUCCGCGAGGUGCAGAAGGAAGCCUUGGCAGCAAUUCGGGGUCUGGCAGGCUUGAUCUAA